GCGACAACGCCAAACGACACGACCACUUUCCUUCGAGGUACCGAUUCGACUGGAAAGCAAUCAUGGCUCGCGGACCUAAGAAGCACCAGCACCGCCUUAGUGCUCCCUCGCACUGGCUCCUGGACAAACUGUCCGGUGCUUAUGCCCCCAAGGCUUCCCCCGGUCCCCACAAGCUCCGGGACUGCAUGCCUCUCAUUGUCUUCAUCCGCAACCGGUUAAAGUAUGCGUUGAACGGCCGUGAGACCAAGGCCAUCGUCAUGCAGCGCCUGAUCAAGGUCGACGGCAAGGUCCGCACCGACGUUACCUACCCCGCCGGUUUCAUGGACGUCAUCUCCAUUGAGAAGACUGGCGAGAACUUCCGUCUCAUCUACGACACCAAGGGCCGUUUCACCGUCCACCGUAUCACCAACGAGGAGGCCGAGUACAAGCUGGGCAAGGUCAAGCGCGUCCAGCUUGGCAAGGGCGGCAUCCCAUUCUUGGUUACGCACGAUGCCAGAACUAUCCGCUACCCCGACCCUGCCAUCAAGGUCAACGACACCGUCAAGAUUGACCUUGCUACCGGCAAGAUCUCCGACUACAUCUCCUUCGACACUGGUGUCAUCGCCAUGGUGACUGGUGGUCGUAACAUGGGUCGUGUCGGUGUUGUCACCCACCGUGAGCGCCACGAUGGUAGCUUCAACAUUGUCCACAUCAAGGACGCCAUUGACAACUCUUUCACCACCCGGGAAAGCAACGUCUUCAUCGUUGGCCAGGAGAAGCCCUGGAUCUCUCUGCCCAAGGGCAAGGGUGUCAAGCUCUCCAUUGCCGAGGAGCGCGACCGCCGCCGGGCCUAUGCUAUCUCUGGCAACUAAAUGCAUUAAUUUUGCAUUAAAGGUCUUUGUCAGUGGGGUCAUUGGUAGUCGGGAGUGCUGGAACAGGGGGUUUUUGUGCUAUUAGACAUCAAGCUGGCUCUACGCUGCAGUGAUUUUUCCAUAUCCUGCGGUAGGCGCCCCGAAAUGGGAUGAUAGGUCUAGGUCCAGGUCGUUUUCCAAUGGCACGAACAAAAUUAAAAGAAGAUUUCCUUGAUUGUUCAAAACAAUUAACGUGCUUGCAUACCCUGCAACGAAAGUAAAUAUACCAAAUUGACGUGUUGUAUCCUG